UCACCGCUCGCGCCGCCGCCGCCGCCGCGGCCCGUUUGUCGUUGCUGUGGCAGCCGGUGCCUCGAGAGGCCUGGCUGCGAGGCUUUCGGUUGUCGGGACGGAGACUCCGGGGAAUACCAGCGGCAGCUCCGCCGCUUUAUCCUCCUCCCCUUCCCCAUCCCCGCCGCAGUCGCUCACGCUGCUGGUGAUGCAGCCCUGCGGCGGGGACGGGGAGGCGGUGGGCGCCAUGCUGCAGCCUCAGGUGGUCCAGCCCGCGCAGGCGGCCUCGGAGGCGCCCUCGGCUCAGGGCGGCCUCAUGCUCUUCUACGAGCUAGGCCCCGCGGGCGAGGCGGAAGGCGACGGCGACGUCGGCGAGAGCGCGGGCAGCCCCGGCGGCGGCCUGGAAGACCUGGACGACGAGGACGAGAGCGGCGCCCAGUCCGGAGGUGGGAGCGGCGGCGGCGGGUGCAAGAGCUGCACGUACCAGGGCUGCAGCGAGACCACCACGCAAGUGGCGAAGCAGCGCAAGCCUUGGAUGUGCAAGCGGCACCGGAACAAGAUGUACAAGGAUAAGUACAAGCGCAAGAAGAGCGAUCAGGCCCUGGGAGGCGGCAGCGGCAGCGGCAGCAGCGGCAACAACAGCGCCGGAGGAGCGGGCGGAGGAGGGGGCUCCGGUUCUGCCGCAGCUGGCUCCGGCGCCGCGCCGUCUGGAGCUCCCGGCGUCCCGGGAGGCAGCGGACGCGUUGAGGAUUGCACUGAAAGUUCCGUUUCUGUAUCAAAACAAAGAACAGGGAACAUUGGAGAUCGGCCAGCAAAACCUACACUUUUGGAACAAGUGUUAAAUCAGAAAAGACUGUCACUUCUGAGAAGUCCUGAAGUUGUACACUUCCUUCAAAAACGACAGCAACUGCUAAGUCAACAGGCUUUGGAGCAAAAACAGCAGCAGUUUUCAGGAGCACCUGUGUAAAGAUGGCAUAUUUUGAAAGGCCCUCAGCUUUGUUUCAUGUCAACAAUAUUGGAUCACGGAAAGACUUGGUAACAGAAACAACUGAAGUGCUAUUCCUCCAGGACUGUGAAACUUGGAGGAUUUUUGUUUUGUUUUUGCAGAAAUGGCAUUCGGGUUUUAUUUAUUUGAAAUUGUUUCUAUUAGGUUUAUGAAUCCUUCCUCCAUUGAAGUCUUCCAUUGUUUUUUUGGGAAGCUAUCUUGAACUUUUUGAGGGACAGAGUUAAAUUAAUACAGCCUUCCCCAACCUGAUACCCUCCAGAUAUUUUGGAUUUCAACUCCCAUCAGCCCCAGCCAACAUGGCCAUUGAUCAGUGAUCCUGGGAGGUGACAUAAAAACCAUUUGGAGGGUACCAGGUUAGGGAAAGCUGAAUUAAUAGAUCAAAUAGUAAUUGGUUUAAUUGCUUAAUUUUUUUGCUAUGUGAAAAGUUUUAAUAUCUUGCAUAAAGUUAUUCUUUAAUGACAGUCAUUGAAGAAAGCAAUACUUACUUUCUAUGGAAGUUUUAAAUAGUAAACUUUGAGCCAAUCCAGUAGCCUAUGUUGCUCAGGGAUGUAGGAGGGGAGAGUACUCGGCUUACAGCUUUGUGGGAGAAGCUCAGCAAGGUUUGGCCCGCUGUUCAAACACUGGUGUUAGAUUUACCCCUCAGGCCAAUCUAGUUGAUCGGUUUCUAUAUUGCAUUAUAAAAUAAUGUGUCCCAGGUCGGUAUUAAUUUUGUACGUAUUUUGUAAUCAUGGUUAAAUAUUUAGUGUGGGUAUUUCAGUAUAUUACUGGCAUGGUUCAUUAAGAGGCAUCUGAGCAUAUUUAUAUUAAUUUUAUAUUUUAAUGACUUAUUUGUACUAAUAGUUCAUACAAGGAUAUAAGGUAUCAUUUUUGUAUCUUUGUAAUUUUCAAGCUAUUUCUGGAAGUUUAGGAUUUUUUUAACCUUGGAAAAUGCAUCAUUUAAGUUAACUUUUGUACAUCAGAUUCUUUAAACAUUUCUCAAUUGUACAUAUUGAGUUGGAUCCAGACUUAGUCAUACUUAGACUAUAGAAGUAUGACUAAGUCUGGUUCCAACCCAUUGUAUAUAAUUGGUGUCUUGUUCUGUCUUACUAUAAUCCUGGCUAGCUGUGGAUAAGCAGAAAUAACUCUUGUUGUAAUAUUUUGCUGCCCUUUAUAGGGAAAAUUCUAAGCUGUGCUAAGAAAUGCAGAUUUAAAAAUAUACAUGGUGCUUGUCUGUUCUUUAAUAUGUAAAUUAAAUGUUUACAAUUUG